AUGGAACCGACGCUCUUCUUGCAGACCAGCGCCACGUCCAGCCUCGCCCCUCCUCCCUCGUCCUCGAUCCAUCCCGCGCUCUCCGACAGGCCCGACGCCCAGCUCGCAGAACGUCACCAGAGGUCCCCCGACGCCACCUUUUCCCGAUCGACGAGCGCCUUGACCGGCCCAAACGGCUACAGCAACGACGACAGCGUCCCAAAAUCAGCGGCCGCUUACUCGCCCCACACGCCCCUCAACUCGUCCCGGGCAUACUACAGCGACGCUUCAGUCUACCCCAAGUCUGAAGCGCACCCCGACUCGCUCCCUGCGCUCUCUGAACAAAGUCUCGGUCACUCGUCUCCCGCCGGAGCGCAUUCCUCCCUAAGUGCGACGCCCAAGCAGCUGGACGACAACCUUUUCGAACGCAAACGAGGCGACGCCGUUGCCUCGAAGCCCUACCACUUUUCCCAGAAUCAGGUCGCGUACAAGUUUGACAGCAUGAGCAACGGCUACAAUUCGCCUGCCCAGCCCGGCUUCAAAGAGGAGAUCGCCAACCCGUGGGACCGCCGCGACUCGCUCCCCGUCUCUGCCAGCACGAGCCAGUUUGCCUACGACGACCAGACUAGCGGUGGCGACCGGUCGGCUAGGGGCGGCGCCCAGUAUGCCUCGGGCUUCACGGCCAGGGAGAGCUUUUCCGGGAGCAGCAGCCUGAGCCCGACGACCCACUCCUCGUCGAGGCCUCCCUCGCAGAUGCCGCCGCCGCUGCAGGACUCUUAUAUGCUCCACCGCGCCUCGAUCUCGGGACCGGUCAUGGGCUCCACGCCCGCCUACUCCGGAGAAGGCGGUGAGGCCGGCUUUGCCACGCACGCACCGCCCCGGGCCCACGGUCUCGCCGCCUGGGAGACUGCGUCGGGAGCAGCCAGGCCUCACACGGCCGACGGCAUGUUCGGUCAGUUUGGCUUCCCGGAGCCUUACUCGAUCAACGAGCCGACCAGCAGCGCGGCAGCCUCCUCCUCCGGCACGGGGCCGGCGAGCGCCUCUCUGGCGUCGGGCAGCAUGUCAGCUCCUCGAGGCUUUGCUUCCGGCCCGAACUCGGCGGCAGGCAUUGACGCCUAUGCUCAGCAGCGGCGCUUCUCGAUGCCCAACACGGCGGGCAUGGCCGGCAACGGCGACAUGGCAGGCAACGGUGGCGGAGGCCCGGGCGGCAACAAGGUUUUUUCCUACAUGCCGCCGAUGGACGACCUCGCGGGCCACGCGUACGGACCCAACGGCUACCACGGCCACAUGCUCGGAGGCAUGGGCGGCUUCGGUAACAAUGUGGGCAAAAAGCGGCCGCGCCGACGCUACGACGAGAUCGAACGCCUCUACCCCUGCAAGUGGCCAGGGUGUACAAAGAGCUACGGCACCCUCAACCAUCUCAACGCGCACGUCGCGAUGCAGAAGCAUGGUCCGAAGCGAUCGCCUUCCGAGUUCAAGGACAUGCGCAAGGCCUGGCGUCGCCAGAAAAAGGAGGAGGAGCAGCGCAGGCAGGCUCGCCAUCAUGCGGGCUACGCCGCGCCGCUGAGCAUGGCGGCGCCCUCGUCGCGGUACAGCAUGUCGUCGGUCUCGUCGUCGAGCACCGCCGGCUCGCUGCCGCCCUACGGCUACAGCAGCGCACCGCACUCGGCGUCGUCGGCCAAUCACCUCGGCGCUCUGCCCGGCUCGUCGUCGCCUGGCUUUGACGCGGCCGCCCACCCUUCUGCAUCGAGCCUCGGUGGCGGCGCCGAUGCAAGGCCGUACACUGCUGGAGCCUCGAACCAGUCCGGCACCACCUCGUACCCAUCUGGCGGCCUCGGCGCAUACCUCAUGGCCCAUCGCGGCAGCAUCUAG